AUGCUACGUCUUGCUGAAUGGACAUUCAAUUCAAGAACAGAUGCUGUUGUCGACGUGUUGCUUGGAAUUCGCGAGCUUCCUCCACUUCAGAGCAGCACAAUGAUGUGGAACCUGAAUCGAAUUGUAUGCGAUGAGAUGAAACUUGGCUUCAUGACGAUGUUGGCAGGAACUCAUACUCACAACUACGGUGUCUAUCAAUCGAUCGCUGAUUCAAUGAAGGUUCCUUUGGUAGAUUGGGAGGUAUCCGACGUAAGGACGGCAGAUGCAAAACGGUCGCCCAUGACAUUUUCGGUUAGACCAUUGGUAGACCACCUGCUCGUAGAUUAUAUCAUACAUAAGGGAUGGAAAGACAUUGUCUACAUUCACGACGGGGCCAACGCUGAUAGAACGCUGCAUGGAAUGUUUGAAUACCUGAAUGAGAACAGUCCCGAUUAUAAUCUGUUUGUAGACAACUUCAGGGCUCCUACCGAUGAGGAGUUUUUCCGCGAAUUCCUCAACGAUUUCCACCGACGGAUGUCACUUUCUCAAGGAAACGUCUCCCAAGGGGAAGAAGCGAAUGUGAUACAGUACGAAGGUUUUCAUGAACACAUUUUUCUUCGAACCAGAGAGCAUACAUUCCAGCCCAGUGCAUGUGGUAGUGGAUUUGGAAGGUGGAUAUCGGAUGAGAAUGUUUCUGAGAGCACUCGAAGAGAGCGUCCUUGUCAGGAAGGAUUACCACUACGUCUUCGCGAAUUUGGCAACCGUGGGCUGGGGAUGCUGAUUAUAAAAGCGAAACGGCGCUGUUCUUCACUGUCACCCACUUUGCAGGCCAGCAGUGCCUUCGCUCACGAUGCUCUGCUCGUUGCUGCGGCUAGUCUCGAUCUCACCUUGAGAAAAUAUGGUCUAUCUGUAUUCUCAGAAAGUUUCUCUCGUCACCAGCUGUUCAACCGCGGUUUGCCAGGGUUGUACUGUAGGCCACACGAAGAUACAGAGAAUCCAGAUCGGGAGUUCGAACCAUUCGAGUUCGGAGAUAGAAUCGCUGAAUCUAUCAAAAAGGUGGUCCUAACCCACGACGACGGAACACUCACAGGACACAUUCAGUUUGACCCUCACACUGGAUGGCGCACCAACUAUUCCGUUACGGUUAUCGAAAUCAAACCUGGAGUAAAUACUUUGAACAGCAUCAAAGAGGGAAGCCUAGAGAGUUACUCAUUUUUCCUUGCCUCGAGUAGAAUCAAGUGUUUACAGAGAUUUCAAUGGGCUCAAGGAAAAGGAUUCCUGCUCGGAGAAGCCUUACAACAGAACAAAACUAAUAAGAGUUCUAUUGAGAAAGGCAUUCUGCCAUGGAAAUUGAAAUUGAAUGUUGUCACUGUUUUGGUGAAGCCGUUCGUUAUGGUAAGAAGAAGUAAUCCGGGUGAAGUACCUCACAAAGGCAAUGAUCGUUUCGAAGGUUACUGCAUAGACUUGCUCAAGCUGCUGGCAAAGAAUAUUUCUGGAUUUGAAUAUGAAAUCUUUCUGUCUGAUGGAAACAAGUACGGGGCACGUCAGGCGGACGGUAGUUGGGACGGAAUGCUUGGAUACUUGUUAAACGAGACGGCCGAUAUUGCAGUUGCUCCACUGACGAUCACUCAAGAACGAGAGAGAGCCGUGGACUUUUCCAAGCCCUUCAUGACGACAGGAAUUUCAAUCAUGAUCAAGAAACCUGAAAAGCAAGAGUUCAACAUUUUCUCAUUCAUGGAGCCGCUUGGUAUGCGCAUUUGGAUACUCACUGUAUGUUCCUACGUUGGGGUCUCUUUGACAAUUUUCCUCGUAUCCUCUUUUUCUCCCUACGAGCAACGAGUUCAGUUCAAUCGCGGUGAAUUCUCAGUGUCGAAUGAGUUCUCCAUGUACAACUCCCUUUGGUUCACACUAGCUGCUUUCAUGCAGCAAGGAACCGAUAUUCUUCCAAAGGCUCUUUCUGGUCGAAUAGCAUCGUCCGCUUGGUGGUUCUUUACGCUCAUCAUUGUUUCGUCAUACACGGCCAACCUUGCUGCAUUCCUGACUCUAGAGAAAAUGGCUCCUCCCAUCGAAUCAGUAGAGGAUCUCGCAAAUCAGAAUAAAAUCCGUUAUGGAGUUGUCAAAGGCGGAUCAACAGCCGCAUUCUUCGAGGACUCAACAGUGCCACUGUAUAAAAAGAUGUGGGAUUUCAUGCAAGAUGAACACAACAAAUUCCUGAGAGAUCAAGCGAGCGAAUCAGUAUUUGUGGACACCUAUGCAGAAGGUAUCGAACGGGUCAGGAAAAGUAAGGGCAAAUAUGCGUUUCUGUUGGAAGAAACGACCAACAACUAUGAAGGAGGUCGGAAGCCUUGUAACACAAUGAAAGGGUCCCUUAAUUUGGCGAUUCUCUAUCUUCAAGAAAAAGGCGAACUGAAACGAUUGGAGAAUAAAUGGUGGUACGAUCGAGGACAGUGUGAUCAAGGCAUAUCAGAUAGCGGAGCAAGCUCAUCGUUGAAUUUGUCAAAGGUCGCAGGAAUUUUCUAUAUUCUAAUGUGUGGAAUGGUACUUUCCAUGGUAACCGCUCUAAUCGAGUUCAUUCUACGUAAGAAAAAGGAGAAUAGGGAAAAAGAGAAGGUCAGCUUCAUCAAGAAACUAUCCUACUAUAUAUAA